AUGGCGGUCAGAGGAAGACAGAGGAACCAGAUCAUCUUCUUAACAAGUUUCCUUGCUCUCCUAUUCCUCUACUGUUGCGUCAUAACCAGCCACCAGGGGGAGCAGCAAGCGAGCCCACGCCGAACUUUUCUCGGCGUUGGCGAUGUCAGCGCCCUCGUGCGGAUGACGGAGGAAAUAACGCGGGCCGGCCGCGUGCCUCUGGUCGCCACCGUCAACGCCGCGUAUCUUCCGAUGACGCUCAGCUGGCUGUGCAACACCGCCGCGAUGGCGGGCGUGCACGAGCAGACGGUCGUCAUAGCAACCGACGACGCGACGCACGACGCGCUGCGCCGACGCUGGCCGACGCUGCGCGUCUUCCGGCACGCGACGCAGGCGGACAUGGCGACGGGUCUCGGGUUCGGGUCGAACGGAUACCGCAUCUACAUGCUGAUGCGCGUCAAGCUGAUGCUGGCUUUGCUACGUCGCGGCGUCUCGCUGACCGUAUUCGAAACCGACUGCCUGUGGCGAAAGAACGCCGCGCCGCUCGUCGGCGAGGUCGCGACGUCGACCGGAUAUGACGUCAUCGCCGCCCAAAACGGCGCCGAGCGCCACCUCGGGAAUUACUCGGCCGGUUUUUUGUUCCUUAAUGCGACGAGAGGCGGCGUUGGCGUCUGGAGCGAGAUGGCGAAGAGGUUGGAGCGAGGACUCAAGGGUACGUACGAGCAGGACAUACUGGACGGACUGUGCAAGGCGCGGCACGGCGGAGCGCGGUGCCGUCUGUUCCCCUACGAGCAGAUAGCCGACGGUAUGUGGUACAGGAUGACGGAGGAGGCGAGGCGGCGGCUGCUGCCUGAUCCUUACAUCAUCAACAACAACUUCAUCGUCGGCGUGGAGCAGAAGAUGCAGAGAGCGCGUGCGUACGGACACUGGUUCCUCGCAGAGGACGGAGACACGUGCCGUCCGGCGAAACCGGGCUAG